AUUUGUCAAUUUUCGUGAUUCUCCGCCUUACGAAACACGAUAUUUUAUGAUAACAAAUAGAUUCCAUCUAGCGAGCUAUCGAUAAACUAGAAACUCAAAUGUUUCGUCUGCUGUGUUUCGAAAUGGAAAAACAUUAACACUAAAUAAUAAUUGUGAUUCAAGAUUCUGUAUCUGUCCGACGUGGAUUUUUCCGAUCUUCUCUCGACCACGCUCGAUCACGAACUGCCCUAAGUUUUGCAAAAAGAAAGGGGGGGUUACGUUUUGGAGACAAAAGACAAAGACAAGAGUGCGCCGUGGAGGAGGGGGCGCCGUUGUCAGACAAUUAUCCAUCAGCUGUCAGAUUGUUUUGAUUCUGUGAAGAGAGGUGUUAAGUUAUCUUUCUGCGAAGACAUUUGAUCGUGUGAAAGGCUGAAAGCGUGUGAUUAUUAUUCUAUAAUUUUCUUGGAAUAUCAGAAGAAUCUUUUGGCUGCAUUCGUGACAACUGAAAGUCCAAGUUCAUGUGUAUUUUUUUACUAGAAACAUAGAAAAAUAGAACAGUUGAAGAUAUUUCACCCACCAUGGAGGAAGAAGACACCCAUUACUGCCUUCGUUGCAGAGCAACAAUCAACGGUUUGGACAACUACAUUCAUCACCGAAGGCAAAAGUGUCAGUCCAACAAUUUCAUAACAAAACCUCAAGAACAUGUGAUUCCCACUCAUACCUCUUACCUCAGCAUGGCAAGAAACAACAGUUCCUCGGGUCUCAGAAAUUACCUUCAUGUGCCAUCCAAGAGUUCCAACAGGUCAGACCCAAUUCUUUCAUCAUCUUCCAAUCAUGAGGUUGAAGAACGUUACAAGUCUCGCCAUGCCAGUGAAAAUCCGUUGGUGACUGACCUAUCGGUUGAAAAUCCAGCCGACGACUUUAUGAGCCAUUUGGGACUGUGCAUGGUAUCAUCGACUACAUGGGCCAGCGAUAUUCAUUCGGAGGAACCACUGCGGGCAGACGAUUUUUUCUCUUUGCUGGAACUCCAGAGCUGCAAAGGAACAGAAUCAGGUCGGCGUCCCCGACGAUCGACAGAACCUCUUGUCGCUUCCACUGAGCGAUUGAAACCCGAAACCGAGACUAUGCAAAACACCGACGACCAACAACAACAUGACUCGACGUUCCCCCUUGGCGAAACAACUGAUCUCAAUUCCUCCCAUGACUCGGCCGUCGUUGAGAUGACGAGCAACGAAGAUAUGACUGAUCACUCUGCUGUAUUGGUCACUACUGACGUCACAUCGGCUUUCAGCAGUCCAGAAGUGGUCAACAAUUCGGAGGUUCCAGCAUGUAGCGGAAUGGAGGUCAGCGUCAGCCCUUCAAACGAGACAGACAUCCCAACAGACACCAGCAGUGAUCUCAUUACCUCAACUCCGCAAUCAACAAAGCUACCUUACCCGUCUCGAGGUAAGUGGAUGCCUGGUCUCAAGCCACGUGACAUUCACAAGGCCGGCUCUUCGGUAGAGUACGACUGCAAGCCGUGCAAUCGUCGUUUGACGGGACGUGUUGUCUUUGAAAAACAUCUUCAAUCAGAGUUGCAUUUCAAACGAACCGCUCAACAGCUGACGACCACUGACGGCCCAAAGUACGGCCUGAGACGGAGUAAACUGAACUCGACAUUACCAGUUGAAUGGGAAAUUGACGUCCUGCAAGAUGAAGAAGAUGUUGACGAUCCUUGGCGGAUCAAAAAACAAAAGAAUAAAGAAGAAAACAACGCGUGUCGUUGUCCCACCUGCUUGGUGUGGGUGCCUAAACCACUUUUCGGCAAGCAUUUGGUAUCGCGCUAUCACAUUUCUCGCUGUCGGAAGCAUCCAGAACGGGAUCGUUGCAUUUUGGAUCACAUCCACCUGAUUGUUCUAGAAGCGCCGUUUCAGUGCCGACUCUGUCGUUUCUUUUGUCACAGUCACGCUGAUCUACUGACUCAUUGGAAAAGUGCGGAACAUUCAGAAUGCGAUCUACAAGAUUCUUCUCGUCGUAGUGGCGGAACUUACUUUUGUAGCUUGUGCCAGGUCGGUCAGCUGGAUAACGACGCAAUGAAACUCCAUCUGGAAUCUGAGGGUCACCUCAAUUGUGUGGAAAUUGUCCACAAGUCGGUGGCGGUUGUAGUGAGCAAGUUGGAACCAUUACAGUGUCACCUGUGUAGUCCCCAACGCAAUCCAGUCAAUUUUCGUUAUCGAAUUGCUCUCAAUCAGCAUCUGACGUCAGAGCACGCUGUCCCUGCGAAAAUGUUGAACUGCGCACAAAGCUACGCUUGCGACCACUGUGAUUUCAAGACUUCGUCCAAUUGGUCAUUUACUCAUCACCGUUUCAACUGUCAAGCGGCUCCCAGCGACGAGACUCGUUACCGAUGUUUGAUCUGUAGUCUGAGCUUCCCCACGAAAGAGGAAGUGACGAGACAUAGGUCCACCCAGGAGCACCGAGACAUGGCUACCAAAACGCGCGGCUCUUACGGCACCACCGUCCGGCUUCGAUCGUGUCCGCAUUGCUAUACUCAAUUCACUGAUUUGGCAAGUCUCAAGGAACAUUUUCUGUCGGAUCAUCCCGAUCUUCUUCCGCGUUGCAUCCGCUGCGGCACCACAUUUGCUUUGAAGCAGCAGCUUUCCGCUCACAGACGGGCAGGUUGCCAGGCGACCGAGUCGUCGGAAUCCUUGGCCUUGGCUUGCGAUUCUUGUUCCUAUCGAUGUCGUCUCAAAGUGGAGCUUUUGUACCACCAGGCCGUCGAGCAUCCUAAACAAUUCGUAUCUGGAAAACCUUCGUCGGCGAUGGCGGAAACGUCGUCUGUUAAGUACCGAUGCCCCGAGUGCGAGCAACUCUACAGUUCCACGGCGGCGCUAAAGCUCCAUCUUCAGUCACACACUGGAGAGUUAGCCUUUCGAUGUCAUUUUUGCGGUCGUCAUUUUGAGCGGGAAGAAGAACGGCUGGCUCAUAUCCGACAAUUGCACGCGCCGCGUCUGACCAUCAAAGGCCAGUCGAUGACUGGACCGGAGGGAAGCAAACGACCAAAAGGACGCAAGACCCACUCGACAUCGUCACGGGCUGGUGCCCAGCAUGUUCAUCUCGACGACGCGUGAUGAGCACCAAUACACGGAAUGGAGCGGCGGCGUGGCCUUUUCUCAAAUGCCCAGUUGCCUAUCUAGAAGACUAGAACAAACUUGGAGGUGGAUCGGUCGUCGAGAGUUGUGUGUGGAGAUCCGGUCGCAUCCAUAUAUAUGUCUUACACAGGCCUCUCUCUCUUUCUCUCUUGUGUAUAGCUGGACUGCCGGGAAUCGAUCGAUGGAUGUCGUAUGUCAGUCAAGUUUGGCGACGCCAUUCUGUUGGGCCUUAUUUCUUCAUCUUUUUUUCUUUUAUUGGAGGAGGCAAGGGAUUUGCUCUGAUUUUCCAAAGAGAAAAGGACAACUGGGCAAGGAACUUCAAACGCAUAAAAGAGGCGGACGCCGGCCGUGUAUUCCCCAUGGAUUGUCAAUAGAUUUCAUUCCUCUCCAUUCUCUUGUGUUGUUUUUCUUCUUCUUCUUUUCCUUCGUCGUCCCCCCUUCUCUUUCGCUAUUCGUUUCUUCAUUUUCUUUUGGGAGGGAUGUUGUACGAUGGAUAUAGAGAGAGGCAAGAGGGUAAAGCGGGUCGGAUGGAUCAGAUGGCCCAGAAGAAAUAAGAGGUCAGAAAAGGGCGGAAAGAGUCGCAUGAAAUCAAAGAACCAAGAGAGAAGGACUUUUCGGGAAGAGUCCUCGUGUUGUACGGCCGUCGUGACGACGACGACGGCCGGAGAGAGUAUGUGCGCUGGUGUCGUUGCCGGAGCAGUUGAGUUACGAGGCGGCUUCUCUCUUUCCUGGGAUGAUGGCGAUACGGCCAUGCCAGCAUUGCGCCCCCGACGACUGAUUUAAGAUCGGCGACAUCGAGCGUGAAUUCUCGGCCGAGUCGGUGAAGAUGACAGUUUGGCGUUCUCCCUCUCUGCUGCGUCCUUACUGCUUCUUAUUCCCCCUUCUCCCGAACGAUAUACAAGUAGAAGAAGAAGAGGAGAAGGAACGUUUCCAUCAUUCGACUCGCCUUCUUUCUCCGACCCAUUUCGCCCGCUCAAAUGGAAGUAGUAGUUGCAGUAGUAGUAGCAGCAGCGUCCUCCUCCCGCGACGCCAACAUAAAGAUGACGUCGGCUCGUCGUAUAUUUCGUCUCGUUCUCUCGGUGGAGAUCAAAAGUUGUUAGCCCCUUCCAAAGAAGAAGAAGAAGAAGAAAAAAGGCGAAUCUUCUUCUAUAUACUCGACACCGAUCUCUUUCUCGUAGAGCAAAAGAAAAUUGCGAAGCCGAAAAAAGAUUUCGGUGGUUGAAUAUUCUGAGCUUCUGUCCAGAUUUUUGCAAUCAGGAUCUCUCACUACGUGGGCGAUGAUUUAAUAGUGGUCCCAUCUCUUGCACGCGCAAGGAUGGCAAUAAGACAAGCCCUUGUCAACAACCUACCUCACACACGCGUUCGGAUGACAAACCUGCUUUCACAUCAGGAGGCCGAAAGAAAAAGGAGAGAACGGUCUGUCUUGUUGCCCAACGUCUUUCCGGGAGAUGAAGCGCCGGAUAAGCGUCCGUCCGGGAGUUUUUGAGGGGGCCGAGCCAAAAAAUGGCGGAGCCCAGACAAUUUGGCAAGGGAUCCCUCUUUUCAUCUCAUUGGCACAUCCAUCUCUCUCCCGCGAUUGUGCCGUCUAUUGGACUUCCUGAAAAAAUCCGUCGCUCCCUCAAGAGUCCGAGUCGAAUGUGGAAGAGAUGAUCGAUACUCUCGAACGUCUCUCUCUUACAUCAUUGUCUCUCGUCAUCGUCGACUCAAAAUUAUGUUGCCAGCGCGCACAAGCCCAGCAGCAGCAGCAGCAGCAUCGAAAAAAUAUAGCAGGGCCUGAAAAUAGCAUCAUGUGUGACGAGCCGUCUCUUCUCGCGCUUCUCUGCCACUUUUAUGACGAGCGCGCCGUCGUCAUCUUGACGAAAAAACUCUUGCCUUAGUUUCUUGAGUGACUUGACGUGACACGCGGCUGGAAGCAGAUAAAUUUGAAAAAAGAGAGGGGGAGGGAGGGAGUUCUUUGGGUGGUUAGAUCGUGUCUAGUAGAGAGAGUCGGGACGCAGAGCGGAUGAAAUUGGGCUAGCGGCGGCAUCGUUACCAUGCACGGCUGAACUUUUGCGUCCCUCACUCUCGCGACUGAAAGCCCGUAAAUCAAAGUGAUGUCUCGCCAACAGCAGCAGCGCCAACCGAGAAAUAAGAAGAAAAAAAAAAGUGGAAAAGAAGACGGGGCUGGGGAAAAAAUAUUAAUAUUUCAUAGAGAAGAGAAAGAAGUGUAGCUAAGGGACGAGUUAUAUAUCGUUUCGGGCAAUCACCAGCAAGUUCGCAACACCAAACAAACCGGUGCCAAACAGCCAACAAAGACGAAGAAGAAAUUUCGGUUGUUUGAAGGAACAUUUAUCUUAGCCUCAAUUCUCGACUCGGCUAAAUACAAACACGAUCGAGAUGACGUAGAUUAAAAGAGAUUUCCAGCGUUUUGUCAUCGAUUUAGUAUCGACAGCGAUUUUCUUUUUCCCCCCCCUUUUUUUAAGAGAGAGAGAGUCGACGUGAUGUGAAGAACUAAAUCGCCAUUUCCAUUUGUAAUGAAGCACUCACACUCGAUAGUCAUCCGCCGUCACGCACAGAUCUUGAUGAAGCAUCCAUCAAGGCUGGCUUUUUUGGGAGGCUGCUCGCAAGACAAAACGACCAACUUCCAUCCCGAAUGAAAAUUUCCUUCAGAAAAGGGAAUAGGAGCCAUGCAAAUGAAGCAGCACGAAGACGGGUCAUAAAUCGCUCCACAUCUAGGUCGUCUCGACAUGUUUACCGAAUACAUGUGCAGAAAAUAGUACGGCCGUGAGCGUGUUGUUCCCCCACAUCAUUCAAACUCGAUAUCGUUGGCUUUUUUUUUCCUUUUUCUACAGCAGCAACUGACUGGGUUGCGUGCUGAUGCGCCAGUCUAGCUUCUUUUUCCUCCCCACCCUUCUUGUUUUAUUAGACGACGUAGAGGCCAUGUCAAGUGUGCACGCAUGUAUAUUUCGGCCUGCUCCGUCAUACAAACGGCCUUAUUUCGGGACUAGUACAACUACAACUACCACUACUACUUUCUUUCCCGGUCGUCGUCUUCUCCUCUCGGUUGGCAUCUCGCACAAUUUAUGGAUGGCUGUGCAGACGAGAGUAACACGUCCGUUAGAGCGACACAGCAGCAGGUCACAUAAAUCAGGAUGGGGGUAACGCCAUAAGAGGACUCAAGACGUUCAGUCGUCUUGAGAGAAACAAAAACUUUUAGCCCCAGAGCAUCACACAACUGUCACAAGUUUCCGUUUCCUCGGCGAACGUCAAUAUCUACAAAGAAUAUCCUCUUUACUCGGCCGGCCAAACUGCAAUGCGUCCAUCGUUUCCCUGACAAAGACGUAUGUUCCUACGCUUUAGACUUUGAAACACAACCACUCUUCUUGUUUAUAAAUGGUUCUUUUUUCCUCUCUUCUUCUGCUUUGCACCCCAAAAAAAAGAAAAAGAGAAGAAAGAUAGAGAAGAGGGGGGGUCUCGGAGCUCUCAGCAUAAAGCCAUCAUCAGCGUCAACUGUCGCCGGCCAAGUCCAAUAAAUAAGGCGACACCACUCGAUCGCUCGAGGGACUGCUGGAAGGUGGCGAGACUCUCUCUGCUGGAGACAGCACAAAAAGAUGGGCAUUCAUCACUUCUAGAGUCUCUCUCGUCGAUCCCUUCAUGGAUGGCCAUUUUUCUUUCCUUUUCUCAUCUCGCUCCAUUCCGUCAACCCGCUCCUUUCUUACCAACCAGAAAGAGUUAUAAGCACCGGCCGACGCAACGACAGGAUGGGGAGGAACUGUUUCGUUUACAGCAAACUUUAACCCGUUGCCAGCCAUCACUCUACCGGACUCCUCCCCUUCUUUUUCUCCCUUUCUAUCAAAGCUAUUUGCAUACGUUUUACAAGCGUUCUAUACUCGGCGCAAAACAGUCGGCAUCCCGCACAAGCCUUUUCGCAGCAAGAAGACGGACGGAAGAAGAAGAAAAAAAAAAGAAAAAACCGAAGGAGCAAAGACGGGGUUGAGAGACGAAUGGCUCCUUAUCAGACGAUUUGCGUCAUCUGAGAUUUACGACCCACGGCUGCCGCAUUCAGCCAUAUUAAAAAGCAUAACUGCGACUCUGGUAUGCUGUAUCCGUCGUCCGACCCGUCUGCUCCAUGUCAACACCACCACUACUCUCGCCGCCGCCGUCUCUAAAGCUCCAGUGGCGAAAAUAAAUUCUACCACCACCCCUGGAAUUGAAGUGGGUGUCGGUCAAAGCCAUCACACACAAAAACCCAACGAGAUAUUUGCUGUGUUGAGAGCAGUAGACAUAAUUAGAAAUACACUUUAAACUUUUUUUUAAGAGUUUAAUGUCGAAAAAACGGAGAAAAAAACGAACAAAUCGAAUCAAUAAUAAGGGAGGCUCAAAGCUGCUCGCUAAUGGUGGGAGGACAUUCAAAGUAUCCAUCUAAUUUUGGGUUUGAAAAAUUGUUGAUCGAAACGAGAAAUAAAAAUUGAGGAAAUCUUACGCGCAAAAGGGAUUGUCUGCUAAAAAUCGCCUAAGUUCUGGAGGAUAGGGGAGAGGAAGACGGAUUCCUUGUCACAUACACACGAAAAGUUACGAGAUUGUAGGGUGAAAUAUGUGGAAGGGAGAAAAUGCAAAUCGAUUAUCGAGGAGGAAGAACACCACACGGUAACAGAGCUUGAGGAGAAGUGGGCAGGAGAAGGAAUGAGGACAAGUACACAUGUUACGUUUUGGAACAUGCAGGU